CGUCGUCCACCCGGACAGCACGUUUUUCCCGUUUCCGUACAUAACCUUGCGGUCGUUCCGAACUCCGUCUGCCGCCUUUUCGCACGUUCUGUCCGCGCAGGUACGUCCGGUCCCACCGAGUACCCGAUCAGCCCGUCCGCCACCUUAUUUCUUGGUUAACCUUACCGUACGGGCAACGUUAUUAACCCAGUGCGCUUGUGAUUGCAGCCGACAUGCCUGAACUAACGGAAAUCGACGCGACCAAAAAAGUCAGCUUCGAAGAGCCCAAGAAGGACGCUGCCGACAGCGACAGCGACUCGAGCAACGCCGACGCUGCGGCCGGCAAAGGUGCCGAGGGCGCCAGCGCCGUUACCGCCGAGGACUUGUCCAACAAGGCCAGACAGUCCAGGGGCGAGAAAAAAGCUAGGAAAAUCAUCUCCAAAUUGGGUCUUAAGCAGAUUCAUGGAGUGAACCGAGUGACUAUUCGCAAGUCCAAAAACAUUCUGUUCGUCAUCAACAACCCGGAUGUCUUUAAGAACCCUGCUUCGGACACAUACAUUGUGUUCGGAGAGGCCAAGAUCGAAGAUUUGAGUCAACAGGCUCAGGUCGCAGCUGCUGAGAAAUUCAAAUCCGCUGAUAUGAUGCCAAGUGUACUGGACAAAGAUGGUGGGGCCAGGCAGAUGGUUUCACAACCUAUUCAGGAAGAAGAAGAAGAAGAUGGCGAGAUUGACUACAAGGGUGUAGAAGAAAAAGACGUGGACCUGGUUUGUGCCCAAGCACAAGUGACCAAGCGUAAGGCUAUUGAAGCAUUACUCAAGAACAACAAUGACAUCGUGAAUGCCAUUAUGGACUUAACGAUGUAAACCUAGGAUAUAUAACGUUUUAAGGGAGAGAGUCAUUAUUGUUUAUAUUUUAAACUCGUAAUGAAAUCCAAUAAUAAAUAAGCACAUUUAAUACAUGAUUUUCUGUAAAAUUUAUUAUUUUCUUCUCGUUAUGUGUAAAUAUUAUUUAUCAGUUCAAUACAUAACUUUUUCUCUGUCUA